GUCGUGAUCGCAAGCGUUGAGAGGUCCAACCAGCGUGACGCGUUGAUUGUUGAUGCUCCUGCUUUCCUCUCAAUUCGCGCAGGACAGGCUUUGAGUCGACACCCACAACUCGGUGGAAGUUGGGGGUGCCAGCAUGCAGGCCGUCAAGGAGCGUGGGUAAGAGACUAGCUCCUUCAGGUGCGUAGCUACUCGGCUGAGCAGUCCGACUUGUACCCCAGCACCUUGCAAGACCGGAGCGGUACGCGCGUGUGAUGACCCUCGAGGUGGGCAGCGUCAAGUUGGCUGCAAAUUGCCUCGUCGCUACACCGACACUGGUACACACGAGCGGGUAUAGCUUCGCUGGUCGCGCAUAGGAAGCAAAAGUCGCUGCCUUUCUUCUCGCAAGCGAAAGAUGAACGAAGCCUCAGCCAUCGGUUCCGCAUCGGUCAGGCUUGGCUGCCACACAGCGCAACCAGUGCCUCUCCGGCGAGGCCAUGUUGAUGCCAUCAAAGCACAAUUAUGGCUUCCCAAUCAGGCAGGCAUGCCUCUUCGCUUCUCGACAGUCGUACGUGACACCAUUCGGCACCACUUUGAAUUGACUGGGUUGGACCUGCUGUCUGCACAGCCUCCAGCUGCUCGGAACAAGUCAAGUCGUGAGUCGUUAUGAGUCAUGCAGUCACAUUGCUGCGGAUGGGUUUCGUGCCAAGCCGUCGUCGAGGGGCGAGAGCGAGACAGAGGUUGUUGAUGCUGACUGCUGCACGAGCGAGCUAAGCGCGGCCUCGAUUGGGUGAGCGUGACAGGAUAACGUUGCAUCUGGCAUACGAAAGCUCUUGGCAUGCAGCGACCGCAUGUGUACUGUACACUCGCCUCCAGAUGAGCUGCUUGAGACUGACUCGAAAGACUCGUGACUGUACCACUCGCCAGAGGCACCAAACGACUCUCUCGCGUACUGACUGCCCGCACUACAUAGGUAACCUACGGCCAUGCAUGCACGCAGUGAAUCGUGAAUGCUAAGGCCCCGCCUGAA